AGAAAAGGAUAAGUAUCACAUCACUUGCUACCCACCACAAGUAAAGCGAUACCAAAACUCAUUUAGAAAUCAUGGAGCUUACAGCCGAUGAGCUCAAGGCAUAUGACGGAUCAGAUCCAUCAAAGCCAAUUUACGUGGCAAUCAAAGGUCGAAUCUUCGAUGUGAGUGCCGGUAAUUCGUUCUAUGGUCCCGGUGGGCCUUACUGUAUGUUCGCCGGAAAAGAUGCAAGCAGAGCACUUGCAAAGAUGAGCAAGAACGAAGAAGAUGUUUCUCCAUCUCUUGAUGGGUUAUCUGAGAAAGAAAUGGGUGUUCUCAAUGAUUGGGAGACCAAAUUUGAAGCUAAGUAUUCCAUUGUUGGAACUGUGAUUUCUUAAUUACUUUUGGAUCUGGGAAUUAUGAAUAAAUAUAGGGUUUUCUUAUGAAUGAAUGAAUGAAUUUACUGCGUAUUUCUCAUGGAUCUGUUUGUGUAAAGACAAAAUUAACGUGUGCAAUUAAGAAUAAAUUUUACCCUU